CAGUAAAAGGAUCCAAGACUGACUCCAGGAAGGCUUGUCCCAUAGUUCCAAAACUAAAAAUGAGGCACUGUCUGCUCGCUUACAUCCAAUGGGACCUGUGUUUUAUGGCUGCAAUGAUCAUACUUACUGUUCAAGCUUUUCCACAGACAGAAAUGCAAGUCAGUCAAGUAUUCACAGACCUGAGCCAGCCGCCAGCCUGCCCUCUAUUUUGGACAGAAUACAAUGGAAAUUGCUUUAGGUUCUUUCCAAUGAACAAAACCUGGGCCGAAGCUGACUUUUACUGUUCAGAAUUUUCUUUGGGCAGAAGAACUGCCAAGCUAGUGUCAAUCCACAGCUGGGAUGAAAACAUUUUUGUAUUUGACCUUGUGAACAGUCAAGUUCCAGGAAUCCCUACAGAUAUUUGGAUUGGAUUAAGUGACAGGAGGCAGGAAGGUGAGUUUGAAUGGACAGACGGGACACAAAAUGAUUACAGUUAUUGGGAUGGUAAUCAGCCUGAUGACAGGACAAAUGCUACAUCAGAAGAUGAGGACUGUGUACAGAUAUGGUACAGAUACUACAGUGCCUUGCGCUCCUGGAAUGACAAUAACUGCCAGCGAGGGUUCCCGUUUGUUUGCAAGAUACCUUCCCUGCCACAUAUGUGACCUACGUAUUGUUUGUCAUCAGCACUUUCUGUGCAUGUAAAUGCCAUAAUAUUUUAUGUUACAAUCUGGUCUUGCAUCUAAAUGAAUGGAGCUAUUUGUAUGUGCCAAAAAGAACACAGUAUAUUGUACAUGGCUACCUAGACAGGGGUCAAAUCCUAAAAAAAAUGGGGGAGCUCACCAAGACUUCCACCCCCCUCACAAUUAAAAUUGGUUUAUACACACACACUGUAUUUAUAUGAAUAUAAUCUAUACCAUUUAGUUAAUGAAAUUAUAUCAAAUAAAGGGUUGAAUGGUUGCCUUUGAGCCUGAGAGUCCUCCUCUGUCACAGACUCUCACCCACUUAAGGUGCAAUAGUCCUAUUUCUGCUAAGGGGAGCUAAAUAACCCCAGAGCAGACCAUACAGAAAUGUAAGCACCAUGUGUUCCACACAGUGCGGGGUGAUCACACAGCAGGACCACUGACAGGCUUGCAUUUAGAGUAUUGUAGGAAGUGUUACUGUCCAUUACUAGAGGAUCUCACUAUCCCUCUAAUCAGACUGUUCCAGCUCAGUUCCCAUGCGUUCCCACUGGACUUGACCCCUGUAUCUAGACCUACAAUACAAGGACAGAACUGAAAAACAAAAUCUAAAUUAAUAUCACAAAAUUUUACUCAAAGAACUUUAUCAGAGCAUAUAACAUUCUGACUCUGGAUGUCUAAAACACAAAUGUAUGUUAGCAUAUUAAUUACAGUUUUACAUUUUAGUAAUUGUCUACACGGUGCUCUAUUGCAUGUUUGUUAAGAGACUAAUUAUAUGCUCCAAUCUUUAGUAUUAAAUAGUUUGCAGCAUAUUAUAUUUUUACCAUGUUCUAGGAAUAUUGUUUUGUCUAUCCAGGAAUUUCUGUUUAGUACAAGUUUUAAAAUGUUUCUAUUUAUUGAGUUUAUCCAAAAUGUAUAUUAUAAUAAUAAUAAUAAUAAUAAUAAUAAUAAUAAUAAUAAUAAAAUACCCUCAUCACAAAUAAAAUUCAAAUAAAAUACAUAAUCAUAAUCCUAUAAUAAUACAAAAGUUUUGUUGAACGUGUAUAAAACUAUGACAAGGCAAAAAGACUAUAUAAAUAGCAUAAUUCCAUUAGCAUAUGGUUUAUACCGUAGUUGCUUUAUUGCUCUUAACAAAAAGGAAGAGCAUAUGGCAACUAUCUAAAUAAUGGAUAAAAUAUCAACAGGUUUGGACAUGUGCAAAAUGGUAAACAACGAAAAAAGAAAGUAAAACGAAUACAGAAAAAUUUCUAAAGGAAUUGAGUGUAAAAAGAAACAGAAAAAAAGUUGAAAAAAGUGCAAAAUGUAUUAUAAAUAAUAAUAAUAAUAAUAAUAAUAAUGAUAAUGGUUCCUCAUUGGUGCUUUGAUCUACAAUUAUGUUAUAGUAGCAGAAUUAACCAAUUUCCAGUGUCCAAGGAGCCCAAAUAGCUAAAUAUUUAUCCACUCUGGCUUACGAUAUUACAAGAUCCUUCCCAUAAAUUAUUGGAAUGUAAUUUUUUAAAUAUGUUCUGAGUUAGAGGCAUAGGAUUUCCUACAUUGAACUAGCUCCAAGACAGAUCCAGCUAUAUAGUUUAUUUUGAGAUUUAGCCUUAUAGAUGACUCAUUUGGAGUUGAUUCGCAUUGACCUGGAGUAAGAGAACACUGACAUAUCCAAGCUUGCAACUGUUGACUGUAUUUACAGCAAGCACAACACAAAUACUAAUGACAGACGUCAUUUAGUCACCAAGACAAUGCAGGUCUACAUGAUAUAAACAGCAAUCUCUGUAAUCCAUAAUACCUGCUUGAUCUAUCACUUCUCUAGCACUACCACCAAACACCCAUGAUCCAGUCCUUUUAACCAGCUGAAGAUGAGCCCCUUUCUCUGGAACUACAGGCAGUAUAUGCUUAAUGUAUCUUGAUUAAUCACUGUAAGGCUCAGAUUCAUAACACUCAACUUUUAUUGCAAUUUGUGUAGAGACAAGAAUGACCAUUACAGCUCUUAGCACCUACAAACAGUUGCACUUUCUCAAACAUACUACCGCUGGGUAAAUACAUCACUUAUAUAGAGCUUUUACAUUUACCCAGUGGGCAGGCUGCUACUUAAGGGAGGAAUAUUUACAUAUGUUGCUAUAUUCUAAACCAUCAUAGUCAUAAUACUUACAUUCCAAGUUAACAAGAUUUAACAACUGUUGAUACUUAAUGUUUAAUAAUCAAAUAGUUAGAUACUCCUUUCAAUUUUGGUGUUCUACUAUUAAAGAAAAUAUGUGCCUUGGAAGAAAUACCUUCUAUUUAUACAACAAAACAUAUCUCUUUCUUUCUCUACUUAUCCUACAACAUUCCAAAUGUUGUCUAUAAACUGUUGUGUCAACAGGAGGUGGAGCAAUAAACUGAAAGGAGCAUCUAAAAGGUCUGUGCGAUUAGAUCCUUUCUUGAGGAUUUGAAUGCGGAAGGCGGCCGAUUAUGCCCUUCAGCUCGUUUGAGAGCUGGAUUUCUUGUGAAGUGCAACACACUAAAAUCUAGAUUUGCACAGAUGCACAUCCCUAGUAUCUAAUCAAUUUAUUAAAUAUCAACAGUUGAUUAAGUCUUGUUAACUUGGAAUGUAAAUAUUAUUGCUACAUAAUUGAUCAGAGUAUAGUGUAAUAUGCAGUAAUGUGAAUAUUCCUCCACAAUUAGCAGUAAUUAGUCAUAUCUCUAUAUAAGUGGCAUAUUUGCCCAGUGGUAGUAUCUUUGAGAAAUCCUCAUUUAUGGGUGUAAAAUACAUUGGGAUGCAAUGGUCUUGUAUAAACACUACUGGUAGUUCUGGGAGAGGAAACUCAUUUUGAGUAAGUUAGAAGUAUUUAUGGCAGCAAAACAUUUUGGUUUCAGUAUUCCAGAGACAUUUUAUAUUUGUGUACAGCAGCAGCAGCAAGUAUUAUACUUCAAAAAUGAUUUAAACAUACACGUGUUUAUUAUUGCAACCAUCAAACUGAAAUAUAAGUCCUACGAGAUGCUGGAAUUGUGUAUGUUCCCAAGGGAUUGCCAAGGGAGAUGAUCUGUUUUACUCUUUUAUACUGUAAAUCAGUUAAAGGGACAGUUUACUCAAAAAAUUUCUCCCCUUUAAUUUGUUCCCAAUGAUCCACUUUACCUGCUGGAGUGUAUUAAAUUGUUUACAAGUAGCUCCUUUACCCUUAUAUUGGCAUUUGAAAUUGUUAAUUUAGCAUGUGGUAACCCCACCUAUUCUGAAAGUUUGUGGCCGCGCGUACCAGCUAUAGAUAAGCUUUGUAAACACAGCCAGCAGAAGAAAUUACACUCGCAGUGUGAUAAAGCAGAGAUAAGGUAAUAAAAUGUUGAUUUUCCAUUGUUCUCUCAAAGUAUUGGUGAUUGUUUUAAGGACAGAUAUAAGAUAAAGAAGCAGGUAUAUGUGCACAAUGUGAUACAGUAAUGAGAUCUGAUUAUACCUACAAGCUCAACCUAUUUUAUUAGGCUGUGGCUUCAAAACACAAAAUCAGAGCUUUAAUAUACAGAAAUAAACCUUAAAAAGCUAAUUUUCAUACAUUUUUUACUCUGCAGUUGGUAAAAAAAGCAAUUGUAAACACAUUAAGGGAAAAACUAUUUUACAGUAUACUGUCCCUUUAAUUUUAUGUUGUGCUUCAGAGAGCGAAAGGUAUUACUGGUUCAUUUGGUCACACAGCAAUGUAUAGCGGAGAGAGAUAACAUUUGGAUAACAUUAAAAUCUCAGUAGAAAAAUAGUUAAAAAAUAUUAUAAUUUAAAUGUCCUAAUUAGGAUUAUGGUCUUAUACACAAAUGACCCUGGGGCAGCGAGAGUGCAAAUGCCCCUUGUCUAGUUCAUAUGGCUAGUGUCUUGUCCUGGGGAAAGUAACUGAGCCCUCUGUGCAACAAAGAGGGGCAUGAACCACUUAUUGGAAAGAGGAGAAGCUUCUAUAUCGAUUGCUCACUUAACCCUCAGGUCAUCAUGUGGUCAAUAUAAAAAUAGCAGUUUUCUUACCCUUUAGACAUCAGUGUUACGAUAAUAAAUGAGGUAAAGUCUAAACCUGUGCCUCUUUUAUAACCAAUAAUAAAUCCAUACACCCAUGAGAGCUCUUAUUCAAAGGAAGAGAACCUCCACUUGCAAAUGAAACUAAUUAUGUGCCAGGUUUAGCGCAAUAGUGGGCACAGAAUCUAUGUCUGUUUUGUGACAUUUAAAUUCAUAUACCCAUGAGACCCCCAACGUGGAAGAUAAGAUACUUCUCUUUCAAAUGAUCUAGUUGAGGUAUCAAUAGUGAAUAUUUAAUCCACCGGACAUUAAGUUCAGAGAAAUCAAUUGAAUUGGUCAAUGUCACAAAGCCAACCUCUGUACCAAAUAUCAACCAACACCCACCUUAUACUUUAUUGGUUGAGCAAUAGUCUAACCUGCUCUAACAUCUGCAUUUCAGAUAGUGUGGGUUGCGCUAAAUCCCUCAAAUUAUAGACCUCUAUGUGAUGUCCGCAUUAAAAAUGUAGGAUCUUGCUUGAGCGAUAAGACAAUGCACUAGUAGUAAAGUUAUUCAUGUGCUAUACUAUAAUAAUGUAAGCUUAACACACCACUUAGGGGUCGAUUUAUUAAAGGCUUUCGCCAAACUUUGAGCCCCUAUGGCUGCAGGUUCUCACAAGAGCACCUGCACGCCAUAUUUAACCAGCAGUGGUCAUCAGACCACUGCUUUGCUAAACUUUUGCCACUUUAGUCUAGUCCUACCGGGGAGAUUGACAGCUCCUGCCCAUGCGUGAUAGGCUGUGCGCGGGCGGGAUUGCACUCGAGUGCAAAAUAGCGCUUGUGUGCAAUUCUGAGUUCCGCCAGGAGAAUUCAGCCCACCAGAGGCGAGCUGUGGCAGACAGGGGCACAUAUGUGCGCCCCUGUCUGCCUCAGCUUGAUAAAUCGCCCCCUUAACAUGAGCGCACUGAUAGAGCUCCCCACACUGUCUAUUCAAAGUAAAGGGCGUGCUAAAAAUGUUUUGCCUGUGUUAAAAUGCUCUAUUGAUUAUGCUCCACUUGUCACCUAGCCCCGUAUUGGAAAAUAAUGUUGCAUAUAAGCUGUGGAAAAAACUGUUGUAAAUGUGCAAUAAAACAAUAUAUGUAUGAAAUAGAAAUAAAAGAUCUUGAACUUGUUUUUGAGUGUCAAUUAAGCAGAAUGAAUACAUAGAAAGGCUAUAUAUAGACACACACAUAUAUAUGCAUAUGUAUGCAAGUACAAUGCAUGUAUAGAUAGAUAUAUAGAUAGAUAGAUAGAUAGAUAGAUAGACAGACACUAUCACAUUUUUUUUGAUACUUGAAGAGCUAUAGGACCAAGCAUUUAAAAAACAAAACUGUAUAUUUAUAAAGUGAUAUUUUGCUUAUUUUGGUUCAGUGUCUAUUCAAUUUAACUUAAAUAUUUGCCAUUUUAUCAUCAACCCUGUAACACCUAGUGGGCUGUGCUAACCCUCAUUUGAGAGAGGAGUCUUUCAAUUUAGAGGUCUUAUGGGCCUAUAAUUUCAUAUAAACAAAAAAAGAGGAACUAUUUCAGGACCCUACAACAUUUAUAACCAUUCAAUUAAUUAAUACAUUGACAUUUUUACACAUAUCAACAGAGUUACCUCAUUUAAAAGAGGAAAUGCUCCCUUUUUGAUUGUUGGGUGUUAUGCAUGGGGCUAAGUUAGGUUUAUUUCACUGCCUAUGACUAGGAUGAAACUCCAGAAAUAAGCCUCUUGGGGGUAUUUAAUCUCUCUUAUCUCUCACUGAUGCUCAUGGAAGCACAGAAAAAAAUAUGUUUCAUGAGUCUAUUUGUUAUGCAUUAGAUAUACUAGACAUCAUUUCAAUUCUAAUUUAUUUUAAGGAAAUAAAAAAUAAAUUUGCACCUCUCUUAUGAAUCCAGCAGAGAUAUUGUGCUCUUUGGAAAUGUAACAGUUCCUAAACCUUUAAUAAAAACUCAACCUCUUGGCUAUCAUAAAGGGCUGUCUUAUCACAUAUGCAACAUUUCACAAAUGUUUUUCUUUCUAUUUCUAAAUAUUCACACAGUGUUAUAUUUUCUCAAUAAAUAAGCCUACACUAUUAAAUAUUAUAGUUACAUUUUUACAUUCAUUCUACUAAACACAUUUACUUAAAAAUAAAUAAAAAUAAAUAAAUUCUCUAAUAUAUACCCCAGAGUAUUUUCAUCUGUCAUAUGCGUCUUUGUUAUUUAUACAGACUGACAUAUUUUCUGUCAAAAGUUGUAUAUUUACCUGAUAAUAACAAUUAAUAAAGAACAAAAUAUUAA